UAUGUUUAUAAUCUUAUAUUUACAUGGUAGUAAAAAGCUUAUGAGACAGAUAACAACCAACUAAUAAAUUAAAGAAAUAUUAUCUACAUUUAUUUCCAAGAUGGAGGAUGGACAUACACAUACCAAGAUUACGUAACGUUAAAUGUUAUCUCGUCAGAAGCUUCGAGUAAAUCGAUGAACAUGAUGGCGCUCGGGUUAGAAUUCUGACGAAAUAUACGAACUUUCGAGAAAAUAUAGGAGAGGGUAAGCUAAGUUUCUUUGCACGCGCGAGGAGGUUACACAACGUGCAAAACCGUACAGUUGCCGGUACAGUCAGAUACAUCAGAACUAAAAGAAAGAACUCGUCGAUUAAACAUGGCUGCCAAUGCUGCUGUUAGUUCCGUUAAAAGGCUUAUUCCCUUGUUCGAUAGAGUUUUAAUAAAAAGAGCAGAAGCUAUAACAAAAACGAAAGGUGGAAUUGUUCUUCCUGAAAAAGCACAGGCUAAAGUUUUACAAGGAACUGUCGUGGCUAUAGGACCUGGAUCUCGAAACAAUAAAGGGGAACAUGUUCCAUUGAGUAUUAAAGUCGGUGACACAGUAUUGCUGCCCGAAUAUGGAGGUACCAAAGUUGAACUUGAAGAUAACAAGGAAUAUCAUCUAUUUCGUGAAUCUGACAUUUUAGCAAAACUAGAAGUUUAAAUGUUCAUCAAGUACAGAAUAUAAGAUAACGAAUUUUUUUUGUAAGUUCUCAAUAAAAAAUUGUUUGACAAAU